AUGAAUAUUUAUAACACUAUGCAAGUUACUGAUAUUUUGAUUGUUAGUUAACUUGUCAUAGAUUUUCAUUUAUUGUACUUGGUGAGUGUCGGUUUAAUAGAUCAGUCUUGUUUAGAACUUUGACCCUUUGAAAUAAACAUGUGAAUCAAGUACAUUAAACCUGAUCAACAAACAUCAAACGUGUUUUUUUUUAAAUCUUUAACUAUUAUUUGUAUUAUCGCUCAGGUUUUGAAACGGCACGAUGCCGAUUGCUAUAGGAUUUGAGGGAAGUGCUAAUAAGAUUGGAGUAGGAAUUAUUCGAGAUGGAGAGGUUAUAUCUAAUCCACGGAUGACGUACAUUACACCUCCAGGACUCGGUUUUCAACCAAGAGAUACGGCAAAACACCAUAGGGAGAACGUUUUAAGUAUAUUAAAGGAAGCUCUACGUGAAGCAAAUAUAACUCCAAAAGAAAUUGAUGUUGUUUGUUUCACAAAAGGCCCCGGUAUGGCGGCCCCAUUAAUCUCUGUAGCGGUUGUUGCGAGAACUUUAGCGCAACUCUGGAAGAAACCACUUUUAGGUGUAAAUCAUUGCAUUGGACAUAUUGAAAUGGGCAGGGUUGUCACCAAAGCUGAUAAUCCAACUGUUUUGUAUGUUAGUGGAGGAAAUACGCAAGUUAUAGCCUACUCCGAGAAUCGUUAUCGUAUUUUCGGUGAAACAAUAGAUUUAGCUGUUGGAAACUGUCUUGAUCGUUUCGCUCGACUGCUAAAUCUUUCAAAUGACCCUAGUCCCGGUUAUAAUAUAGAAUUAUUAGCAAGAAAUGGUAAAAAAUUUCUCGAGUUGCCUUAUUGCGUUAAAGGAAUGGAUGUAUCAUUUAGUGGUCUUUUAUCUUUUAUCGAGGAACGAGCUGCCUCAUUGUUAAGAAAAAACGAAUAUACAAGAGAAGAUCUAUGUUUUUCUCUCCAAGAAACGAUUUUUGCUAUGCUUGUUGAAAUAACUGAAAGGGCUAUGGCUCAUUGUGGCUCGAAGCAAGUUCUGGUUGUAGGCGGAGUCGGUUGUAACAUAAGAUUACAACAGAUGUUACAAAUAAUGGCAGAGGAAAGAAAUGCAUCUGUAUGUGCAAUGGACGAAAGAUACUGCAUUGAUAACGGUGCAAUGAUAGCUCAAGCUGGCUUGCAAAUGUUUACGCACGGUCAAAGGAUGGAUUGGAAUGAAACGUUUUGUACUCAAAGAUAUAGAACGGACGAUGUGUACGUUUCUUGGAGAGAUUGAAAAAUUAGUGUAUUCUCUCUACUGUUGCUUUUUUCAUACAGUUUUUUAUAUUCAAUUUAUUAUUUGUUAAAUAAAUCAAUUUUUCAUUUGUAAAGAAAUCAAAAAUUCAGGAAAGAAAGAAUAAAAUUAAAAAUAAUAUAACUUUAUCCCAGUUUUAAAAGAAAACUUCUUAUUGAUUAACCUAUUUUACAUUUUGUAAAUAACCAUUCUUACAUCUGCUGAGAUGAGGUUAUUUUAUGCAUACAAUUUCAAUAGCCUAGUUUCAAUAAAUGUUCAUUUGGUGUAAUAUUCUAAACUAUCAAUAUUAGAGAAUCCACGUGUCGUUCGCUUGUAGUUAUUUUCGUACGAUUUUUUAAUCAUAAAUAUAAUAAUCUUAUCUGAAAGGAAUAUUCAUUAUAGAUAAAAAAAAGACAUAUUUAUGCUUUAAUUGAUAGCGAAAGA